UUUCUGCGUUUGGAGGUGGAAGGCGAAUUUGUGGGCAAACAUGACGAUGCGCACCACGAUGAUGCGAGACGUCGCGCUGCUUCUGGUGUUGCUGUGGCUGGGCUGCUGUGUUGCUGCCGCUGCUGCCGCUGGUGGUGGUGAUGAUGAUGCUGGAACAGCACCGACACCCAGCGAGCCAAGGCGGAAGCCAUCCUUUGUUAUCUUCCUCGCUGAUGAUAUGGGAUACGGUGAUGUCACCUACUACGGCGCACCAACCACCCAUACGCCGAACAUUGACAGGAUCAUUCGCGAGGGCAAGGACUUUCGCCAAUUCUACGCAGCAGCUUCAGUGUGCUCUCCUAGCCGUGCUGGCUUGAUGACGGGUCGCGACCCCGUGCGCAUGGGCAUCUUCUCGCGUAUUCUGCGUCCGUCGCUGCGCGUGUUCUUCCCGUGGAACACCUCCUCCAUGCCCAGCAACGAGACCACCAUUGCCGGCCUCCUGAAAACAGCAAACUACACCUCCCACUACGUGGGCAAGUGGCACCUCGGCCAUGUUAACGCACUUCCUGUGCAUCGUGGAUUCGACGGCUUCUUUGGCAUUCCCUACUCCCAUGACAUGUGCAGCGAGGUGUAUGGUGUUGAGGACCUCCCCAUCGUCAACCGCGCCGUCCCGCCGCUGCCGCUCAUGCGAAAUGCGGACAUUCUGGAGCAACCGGCGGAUUUUUCCUCCGCCACCGACCGAUUCACGGACGAGGCCGUCAAGUUCGUUCACGAGCACGCGGACCAGCCGUUCUUCCUUGUUGUCAGCUACUACCAGCCACACAUCCCACAUGUCACCCCGCUGCGCUACAAGUUUCACUCCCUUCGUGGCCCUUUUGGUGACAGCGUGCAGGAAAUGGACGUCAGCAUUGGCCAGGUGAUGCAAGCCAUCAAGGACGCCGGCAUCGACGACAACACGCUCGUCAUGGUCACCAGUGACAACGGCCCGUGGGUUGACUCUGGCAUUGACGGUGGAUCGCCGGGCCCCAUGCGCGGGGCAAAAGGGACGACGUGGGAGGGCGGCACACGCGUCGUGUCUGCAUUCCGCUGGCCAGGCGUCAUCGAGCCGUUAACAACAGAGAUGACCCCUGUCAGCAUGAUGGACCUUUUCAGCACGUUUGGUCACAUUGCUGGCCUGAACGUCACGUCAACACCGGAUUUCGCCACAGACUCGCACUCCUUUGCGCACUUGCUCAACAGCUCCUACGCGCCAAGUGCAAAGUCGCGCCCGGCCAUUUACUACUUUUAUCACGACGUUCUCAUGGCCAUUCGCAUGGGGCCUUUCAAGCUGCACAAGUACACGCGAUGCGCGUACUGCUACGAGGAGCCUGUGCCACAAGACCCACCCCUACUCUUCAACAUCGACCACGACCCUGGCGAGCAGCACCCGUUGUCUGUCGAAGACCACCUGCUCAUCGUUGAUGCGUUGGAAGCAGAGUACGACCGGUACCUCAGCACCAUCUCGCCGCGCCAGCCGCUGUUUGACCAGUUCAAGUUGGACGCUGCCCCAUGCUGCUCGCCACAGCCAUACCUGCAGCCGUGCAACUGCACGCACGCGAACAUGACCGUUGGCGAGGCUGCACAGAGCGUCUCGCCCAACAGGCAGUCGACCUCCCCGGCAUCGGCCAAGAUCAGGAAGGCCGCAAAGGCGCUGUAUACCAUGCUGGAGAAGAAGCAUCCAGACCUCCUCACAGACAAACUGACGAGCGAGGAGGUGUCUGCUGCGUUUGAAUCUCUGAUUGGCAGUCCAAUGGAGCCUGUGAUGCAGUGCAUGCUGGGCGGGGAGCCAUCUUUGGAAGGCUACGAAGAGGAUGAGGCGCUCUUUGCCUGAGAUCAUGAGAAGCACUGAACAUAGUAUGCAUCGUACUCGCGACUGCCACUCACCGUCGCAGUGCCAUCACGUCAUGUGUUACAGCUAUUGCUCCCUGCUCACGUGCGCUUCGUGUAUGAGUUAAUGUGAGGCUUGCUUUCCUUCCGGUACAUUUUGUUUUCUUUGCUUCGGUUCGUUACCCUUGGCGUUCUUGUUCUUGUGCCGUUUGGGUGUCACAGGUCGUUCGUGUGUGCUGCGCUCUGCUCUGCUGCGCUCUGCUCUGUUGUGGUUUUGUCUUUGGUUUUCGGUCAUCUAUGCCCCUCGCUUAAACGGUGGUACAUCUGUUAUUACUUUUCGUGCAAACACCCAGUGCGGCACACAAAAGAAAUAAGGAAAUAAACACGCGACCAAUCACUGU